ACACACACACACCGCGAGGAGGUGAAGAAGAACGAACAAAGGCGAGUAGUGUGAAACCGUCCCCGAAUUCGAGCUCCCGCUUCCUCCCCCACUUUUUAUCCCCACCCCCGGAUCGAAACCCUAGGCCGCGAGCCAUUCCUGCCCCCCCCCCCACCCCCGCCGCCAUGGCCCCCCGCCGCCGCGCCCGGAGCAGCGGCUGCGACCAGGUCGCCGUCGUCGACCUCGUCGACAGCGACGAUGAGUGCAAGAACAAGCGUCCUCGAAGAACCAUCAAGCCAGCAGCGAGGAAUGUUUCGAAAAGUGCAUUGCCUUCCGGUCUUGAUGCCCUAAACCCAAAUAGAAGAACGCUUCGCACUGCAUCAAGCAACAGGGACAAAAAGAAUAAAGACAAAUUGGAUACUGAGAUUUUUGAAUUAUAUCUGGAGGAUCUUUGGAAGGACAUUGAUGAAGAAAAGAGGAGUGCUUAUGCAUACUUUGACUCAUUGUGGUUUCACAUGUACACUAGCGGACAUAAUAAAUCAAAUGUCCUUAAAUGGAUUAAGGCUAAGAAAGUAUUUUCAAGACAAUAUGUUUUCGUUCCUAUUGUUAUAUGGGGACACUGGAACCUCCUUGUCUUAUGCAACUUUGGUGAGACAGACUACCUGGGUACUGACAAAGGACCACGCAUGCUGCUGCUGGAUUCACUUAAAACGACAAAUCCGACAAGGUUGCGAUCGAAUAUCAAAAGAUUUAUUGCUGAUAUUUUUAAAACUGAAGAGCGGGAAGAGAAUGAGCAAUUCAUUAACAAAAUCUGUCUUGAGUUUCCUGAGGUGCCACAGCAGAAUGGGGAUGAAUGUGGUAUAUAUGUUCUUUACUUUAUCUACUGUUUUCUUCAGAACAAAGCACUGGGAGAAGAUUUCAGCCAGCUGUUUGAUGAUCCAGAAGAAUGGGAGAACUUCCGCAAGGGUGUUCAUUCAUUCCGAGAGAACAGAGAAAAUGAAAUUGCAGAAUAGGUGAGCAUGGUGGAUGGCAAUAUUUCACCAGCUAUAUGUAGUUAUCAGAAUACAACAGCAAAUUACCUGUUCAUCUUCCUGGUGGCACAACCUGAAGAAGUUUGAAGACUGUCAAGAAUUUGUUUGUCAUACAGUUCAUGCCGUCAAGAGGAAGAUGGCUAUUUCUCAGAUACAAAGCAGCAUCAGUGUCAACCUAGCGCUGUCGAGAUCUUUCGUUGAUCCAGGCUAUUGAUAAGCUGAAAGCCCCUUUUUUGGAUAGGGUUCCAUCAACAUUCAGCACCUGUUAGCCGUAUAGAGUCACAGAUGAUUCAUUCCUUAAAAAAAAAAGAAUAUUUAAACGAUUUGAUACUAUACUUAUGCAUUGUCUAGAAAUGCUGGGUGGGAUUUCCACCACCUUUCAGAAUAUUUAGCUGGGGGUUAUAUGAUGUACAUCAAUAUGUUUGUAUCAGAUCUUAAAGAUGGUGUAUUCCCCCUUCCAGAUAAUAUAUUACAGUUUCGUAUUUGAUGCAUUGAAAUGCUGUCAGCGUCA